AUGCGACUUGCAUUUUUCGCGGUCCUUCCUGGUGUGCUCGCUUUGUGGCCUAUCCCCACAACUCUUACAACUGGAACAAGCAUCCUUGUUCUCUCGUCAACUUUCACUAUCACCGUCAACGUACCCAAUGCGCCACAAGACUUGCUCGAUGCUGUCUCUCGAACCAAAACUUAUCUCGCCACCGACAAUCUACAGCGUCUUGUUGUCGACCGUGGCGCGUCCGAUGCUGCAUCUUUCAAAGCAUCUCCUGCACUCGCUAGUCUAACAAUCACCCUACAAAACACGACAAGCGUGUUGCCAAUCGCCACCGAAGCUGUGAAGGACUUCAGCAGUCGCAUCGAAGGCUACACGCUCGCUAUUCCCAAUACUGGUGCUCCCGCGGUCCUCUCAGCAAACUCGACUUUGGGUCUAUUCAGAGGGCUGACGACGUUCGCGCAACUGUGGUAUACGUGGAAUGGGACCGUUUAUUCCAACGUUGCUCCAGUCAACAUCGUCAAGGAUUCGCCGGCUUACCCCUAUAGAGGAUUCAUGCUGGACACGUCGCGCAAUUUCUUCCCUGUUACCGACAUCAAGCGCACCUUGGAUGCAAUGAGCUGGGUUAAGCUGAACCAAUUCCAUUGGCACAUAACAGACUCGCAGUCAUUCCCAUUAAGCCUUCCCGAUUUUCCGGAACUCGCCCAAAAGGGGGCUUAUUCUGUUACUCAAGUCUAUUCACCGUCGGACGUACAAGAUAUUGUUUCAUAUGCUGCAGCACGCGGUAUUGACGUUCUCAUGGAAAUCGACACUCCCGGACAUACCGCCAUUAUUGCUGCUUCACAUCCAGAACACAUCGCAUGUAGUCAGUCAUCUCCCUGGACGACAUUCGCCAACGAGCCCCCCGCCGGCCAACUCCGUCUCGCGACUCCCGCAACCGUCAACUUUACUACCGGGCUCAUCACGGCCGCUGCAAAGGUUCUACCCGGAAAGUACUUUAGUACUGGUGGCGACGAGCUCAAUACUGCCUGCUAUACUCAAGACGCAAAAACACAAGCUGAUUUAAAGAGCAGUGGGCAGACUUUGGAGAAGGCAUUGAAUUCGUUCACGCAGGCGACUCAUGGUGCACUGGCAAAACUUGGCAAGAAUCCUGUUGUUUGGGAAGAGAUGGUUUUGGAGCAUACCUUGAUGUUAUCCAAUAAUACUGUGGUUAUGGUGUGGAUAUCGUCGAUGAACGCAGCCUCUGUCGCGUCAAAGAACUUCCGCAUUGUACACGCCCCUUCAGAUUACUUUUAUCUCGACUGUGGUGCCGGUGAAUGGAUCGGGAAAAACCCCACUGGCAACAGCUGGUGUGAUCCAUUCAAGACAUGGCAGCAUGCAUACACGUUCAACCCUCUUGCCAAUAUCAGCAGUUCUCAAGCACAUCUUGUCUUGGGUGGCCAACAACUGCUCUGGGCUGAGCAAUCGGACUCGAGUAACCUCGAUUCAAUUGUUUGGCCGCGCGCAGCCAUUUCGGCGGAGGUGUUCUGGAGUGCGAAACAGCCGAAUGGGAAAGCCCUUGAUGGAACUGAAGCGCAAGCGAGACUACACGAUGUGAGGUUCAGAAUGGUGCAGAGGGGAGUGAAGGCUAUUGCGCUGCAGCCGCAAUGGUGCGCGCUGAGACCAGGAUUGUGUAAUCUCGACUCAUAA